GAGUAGAGGAGAAAGGAGGGUGGUCGUCUCCUUCGUCUGCGAUUCCAUUCCUUAACCACUACACAAAAACACCGCGUCAGAUACCAAUCAUCACAACACCUUAAAUCCUCCUCUCCCUUCGAUUCAAUCACAGCAGUCAGGUACUACCCGACCCGAUCCGAUCACAUAGUUUCAUUCGGACCUUCCGAUCCACCGCCAUGAGCUUCAUCUUCGGCAAGCGCAAAACUCCCGCAGAACUGUUGCGGGAGAACAAGAGAAUGCUGGAUAAAUCUAUUAGGGAAAUAGAGAGGGAGAGAGGAUCGCUUCAGGCGCAAGAGAAGAAACUGAUUGCGGAGAUUAAAAAGAGUGCUAAGCAAGGCCAGAUGGGAGCUGUCAGAGUUAUGGCAAAAGACCUGGUUCGAACACGGCACCAGAUUGAAAAGUUUUAUAAGCUUAAGUCACAACUGCAGGGUGUAUCUCUCAGAAUCCAGACACUGAAAUCAACUCAAGCGAUGGGAGAGGCAAUGAAGGGGGUGACAAAGGCAAUGGGCCAGAUGAAUAGACAGAUGAACUUGCCAUCACUACAGAAAAUUAUGCAAGAAUUUGAGAGGCAAAACGAGAAGAUGGAAUUGACAACUGAGGUGAUGGGAGAUGCAAUUGAUGAUGCUUUGGAAGGAGAUGAGGAAGAGGAGGAAACAGACGACCUAGUUAACCAAGUUCUUGAUGAAAUUGGUAUAACUGUCAAUCAAGAGGUAAUCAGCACUCGUAUGCUUUUCUCUUACAAAAUAAAAAUGGUUUUGAACAGUAAUAACAGUAUCUUGUGUUUUCAUUCAUUGCAGCUUGUUAAUGCACCAUCAGCCUCUGUGGCUGCACCAGCUGCAAGGGGCAAGGUUGCACAAGUGGAAGCAGCUGCACCUGAUGACGGUGGGAUAGAUAGCGAUUUACAGGCAAGGCUAGACAAUUUGAGAAAGAUGUAGUCUUCAUAUCUUGUAUAUACUUAUAUUGUUGGCAUAGUGUGAAAGGUCAGAUUUCCUUUUUGGCCUUGUAAUAUCUGUGAAAAUUAUUCAAGAAUUUUUCGGAUCAGGAUAUGAGAUAUGCAGAUUCUAAUAAAAUUACAUUUGGUAAAUAAAUCUUUACUCGGAGAUGCCGAAAUGGUAAUGCAGGUUGUAGGUAUGUCCUAAUUCACUGGUCUUUUGAAUGCUUUGUCAAUCUGUUUGAUUAUGCAUUGAUCAGAAUACUGUUAAGUGUCGUUUGUGAGCACAGG